AUGGAGAACAUUAGUGAUGAGUACAUACUCGAUUGGGAAACGAAUACGUUCCUCCAAGCUGAAGAACUUCAACCCAGUUAUUUGGAUGAAGCAAUUCCUACACACAAUGAUUCAAGCUCUCAAGAUGGAACACAAUCAUCACUGAUGGCCAACAAAAGUAUUGUUUCAGAGAGGAAUAGAAGGAAGAAACUCAAUGAAAGGCUCUAUGCACUAAGAUCAGUAGCUCCCAAUAUUACAAAGAUGCAUAAGGAAUCCAUAGUGAAAGAUGCCAUUGAUUAUAUUCAAAAAUUGCACGAAGAAGAGAGGAAAAUUCAAGCAGAAAUAUCAGACUUGGAAUCUGCAGGGUCAUCAUCAAAAAGUACAAUUUCUGAGUUUGAUCAUGAGGAAACAUUUUCUUCAAACCCAAAGAGAGUAACAAGUGAGAGUUUCUAUGAUUCUGGAGGAUCGAGAUCAUCACCCAUUGAAGUUCUUGAGUUCAGAGUAUCCAGCAUGGGAGAGAAGACAGUUGUAGUUAGCCUCACAUGCAGCAAAAGAUCAAAUACAAUGGUAAAGCUAUGUGAGAUGUUUGAAUCUUUGAACCUCGAAAUCAUCAGUGAAAACAUCACUGCUUUCUCCGAUAGGGUUUUGAAAACUGUAUUUGUUCAGGCUGAUGAGAAGGAGAAGGAUCUUUUGAAGAUUAAAAUAGAAACCGCCAUAGCAGCUCUAAAUGCUCCAUAA